AAAUUGGCAAACACGCACUUAUCGUCUAGCUCUCUCAGCUGUGUGAAAACAGUGAGAGUAAAUAAAACGUCUGCUUUAGGUACCAGUUCUUUGUCUUUUAACAACAAAGUUACUUCAUUUCCAUGAAAGUGAAGAUGUUUUAGUCAGUUUCAAAUGUAAUGUUGUGUAUGUGUGUUGUGUGAUCUGCUUCUCAUGUGUGUAUACAAACAGUAAUUGCCUUCCAUUUAACUGCAACAUUUAUUUUAUGGGACAUUCAUUUGGCAAAGCAUACUUACAAAGUAAGUGAAAGUGUUGCUGAGCCUAAAAACGUCGCAAAUUGGCAUGUGAACAAUGAAUGCUAGAACUCAGGUUUUCGAAAUGGCACUUGAAGGGAGGCAGGUGGAAGAAGCUGUUUCAAGUCUAUUCCACACCUUGCUAUUCCACAGAACUUUGGGAAAGUUCCAUUACCAGCAAGAUGGAAAAUACACUGUAGGAUCAGUUGGCUAUGAAGAUACUGACUGUGACUUUGUUGACCUCACCUAUGUACGAUGUAGUUCUGGUGAAAUGCAAAGAAUAGUUCACAAAGAAGCGACCGCCUUUAGCGAAUGCCUACGAUCACAGGAGCGAGAGACCCAAGGCCAAGCAAGAUCUGGUCAUAUAUCUUUGACUUUCUAUCAAACAAAAAAGGCCAGAUGGCCUUUCCCAUCCGAAAAUAUCCCCUGGGAAGUGUGGAACCUACGAAUGGAAAUUAUGACACUUGCUAGCGAAAUUGAACGGCAACUAUACAGGGAAAAGGUUGGCGAAUUGUUGGCAGAAAAGAUCCUGUACAUCGCCGAAUCGAUGAACCGUCCUUCUUAUGUGCCCAAAAUGCCCAACCAACCCGAGCUGGAUCUCAUCUUUGACACAGGUUUUGUUGAUAUCCAACCCUACUUGUUCAAGAUAUCGUACGGGACAUCACCAGUUUUGGGAAGUUUCAACAUGGGGACUACCGUACGUCGAUUACUCAAGGACACCCUCUCUAUUUAGAGUUAUUAAAACGAUAAUUAGGUUAAAUCAAUAUAUUGUAAAGAUUCAAAGAUGCACGAGGCCAUAGUUCAAUUUAACAUGUUCCAGCUCACACUUUUUCCCGAUUAUCCUUGAUAUAUUGUGUAAAUCCUCUUAUAUCUGAUGAUGUACAUGGAUGUUCGAUUGAUUCCGUGAACGUGGCUUUUGUAAAAAGUUGUUCGCCCAACAGUCCCAUUAAUAACAGAAGGAGAAUUU